AGGAACAGUAGCUCACUCUCUGGAAGGCGAAAAACGAUAUACAAAUAGAAAAUUAACGUGGAAACACAUAAUUUCUAUCGCAGUUGCAACGGGGUGGGCAUGCUACGAGUCGUGAAUCAUUUCCAGAUUUAUUAACGGUAUCAGACAGUUAAGUGUAUUAAGGUUCGGUUGGACUUCUGAUGCAAAGCAAGGCAUUGUGUUUCUUCCUGUUUAAGCUUUUGGAUCUGGAAGAUGGAUCGCAGCAGUGCACGAUGGGAAGAAGAUGCGGAUUCGUGCGACUGCCCGGAUCCUCCUCCUCCUCCUCAGUUUGCUCUUCCGCCUCCCCCCGCUCCCGCAUCUCUGGAGGAAUGCAAGACAGGUUACGAAUACGAACUCCACAAUUGCAGAAUGGAACCAGUCCGAGAAAUAUACACCCCUCCUAGCUUUCCACUGCUCCCUAUCUUAACAGUGUGUUCGUCCGUAAUAGUCGUUGCACUUCUUGUUGCCACUUACAUUUUUUGGAGACAUAAAAAGAAAGUACAGAAUUUUUUACCGACGAAAACGGAAACUACGGGACGAUGUGAAUUGCCUAAUCCAAACGGAGUUACCUAUGAUGAUAUGAUCAUCAAUCAUCAUCCAAUACGUCUCCCUCCUCAGCCUGGAAUUGACACAUCCAAUCUUCCUCCCUGUCAG